GAUGUUUUCAGCCCUCGAUCCCAGCCGACCUGCAAGGCUGUCCGGGUCUUCACCGACCACCAAGCGGCGUCUUUAACGCCUCUGUGGCGGGGGGCUUAUUAACCAGGGUUUGGGACACUGACGCUCGUGUUUAUGCGCUCACCCGACUAUCUGUGGGCCUGAAGACGGGAGGACCGAGCGAUGUCUGCGCCGGGUUACACCAACCUCAACAGCUCUGCCGGCUACAGCCAGAGCUCCACGCCGAACGGAGGAGCUGCGCCGCCCCGUCAGAACGGUCCGCUGCAGGCCUACCCAUCCGUGUAUCCGCCUGCCGGCUACUACGGAGCUCCUCCUCAGCAUCAGAACUACCCCAGUGUUUCCGGUCGCAUCGUUUCUGCUCCCAGCAAAGCGCCGAUCACAAACAGCACCAACUACUACCAGCAGCGCCACCCUCAGCAUCAUGUAGCACCGUCGUAUAGUGCUGGACCUCCUUCGCAACCGUAUGCCACCAUACCUUCCUCAGCACCUCCUCCUUCAAGUGCCCAGUACACUCAGCAGCAGCCGCCCUACGCUCCUCCGGGGUCCUUCUACGCUCAGCAGUCAUACCAAGUUUCCCCAGCGCAGCUUCAGCAGCAGCAUCACAGUUUGGUCUCGGCGCCAGCAAGCGGUUCUGGAGCUCCCGUCUACCCUGCGGCUUCGUACCCUUCUGCUCCAGGAAGUAGCCAGUAUGGGACCCUGAGUACCUCUCAGACCACCGCCACACCUGAGGCUAUGCCCACCCGGAUGGGAGCACCCUUGCAUCAGUACAACGCAGCACCUCCACCGUCUGCAGCAGCACUCCAGCCCGGGUACGACGCGGCCGCCCUCGCUCAGAUGACGGCGCUGAACGGGAAAGGAAGCGCAGCUGCGGUCCAGACCAACAGCCGACACUACGACCAAAGCCACGCAGCUCCUCAGGGCUUCGGCUCCUACAGCGGAGGUGCAGACCGACCGUCCUCAGAAACGCCCUCCGCUUCAGCCCACUCGUCCCCGGGGCACCACCCAGCCCCAGGCCGGACGUACGGAUAUGUUGCUAAAAGUGGGGCUAGCUCAGCCUCCGGCGCCGCCUCGGGCCCAGCGGGAGCCCUCUCUUCAUCCAGCUCUGAUGAGGAUGAUGAGGAGGAGGAUGAGGAUGAGGAAGCAGGCGGCGACACCUCGUCCUCCAGUACCGGCAGCGCCUCUCCGGUUCCAGACAACUACGAUUCCCUGGAAGGUGGCAGCUUUCCAGAUUCCAUGCCUCCUUCCAAUGAUAUGUCCAACCAGGCCCAACCUUACGGUAGCUAUGGUUACCAAAGCAUACCGCCAGCCUAUCAGCAGGGCCCGACCCAACACGCCGACCCCCCUCCAGCUCAGAACCUUUACAGCCAGUCGGGCUACCAGCAGUACUCCCAGCCGUUCCCCAGCCUUUCGCAGCUGUCUGCAGCCCUGGGGGGGCUGAGUGGGGUACCGGAGCUGGAGGUGGAGGCCCUGAGGCCGGUCAACCUGCUGCAGGAGAGGAACCUGCUGCCCCCGAGGCCCUUGGAGGCCCCUGAACCCAACGUCGGCGCCGACCUGAAGAAGGUCAACUGCAGUCCACAAACCUUCAGGUGCACCCUGACCAGCAUUCCACAAACCCAGGCUUUACUCAACAAGGCCAGACUCCCUCUGGGGCUCCUCCUCCACCCCUUCAGAGACCUGCAGCAGCUACCGGUCAUCACCUCCAACACGAUAGUGCGCUGUCGCUCCUGUCGAACCUACAUCAAUCCGUUCGUCACGUUUUUGGACCAGCGCAGGUGGAAGUGCAACCUCUGCUACCGGGUCAACGACGUGCCAGAUGAGUUCAUGUACAAUCCAGUAACGAGGUCUUACGGGGAACCGCACAAGAGGCCGGAGGUCCAAAACUCCACCGUAGAGUUCAUCGCCUCCUCAGACUACAUGCUGCGACCGCCGCAGCCGGCGGUUUACCUGUUCGUGCUCGAUGUUUCCCACAACGCCGUGGAAGCAGGAUACCUGAAGUUCUUCUGCGACUCUCUGCUUGAGAAUCUGGACAAGAUCCCCGGGGAUUCGCGCACCAGGGUGGGUUUUCUCACCUUUGACAGCACCAUCCACUUCUACAACCUGCAGGAGGGAUUAUCGCAGCCUCAGAUGCUGGUGGUGUCGGACAUCGACGAUGUCUUCAUACCGUCUCAUGACAGUUUGAUGGUGAACCUAAAGGAGAGUCAGGAGCUGGUGAAAGAGCUGCUGACGUCGCUGCCGGCCAUGUUCAGUCAGAGCACAGAGACGCACAGCGCCCUGGGUCCGGCCUUGCAGGCGGCCUUCAAGCUCAUGGCGCCCACCGGCGGCCGCGUCACGGUUUUCCAGACGCAGCUGCCGACGCUGGGCGCCGGGAAGUUGCAGUCGAGGGAAGACCCAAACCAGCGCUCGAGCACCAAGGGAGUGCAGCACCUCGGUCCUGCCACAGAUUUUUACAAGAAACUUGCUCUGGACUGCUCAGGUCAGCAGAUCGGAGUGGAUCUCUUCCUUCUCAGCUCGCAGUACGCCGACCUUGCUUCACUCGCUUGCAUCUCCAAGUAUUCGGCAGGAGGCGUCUUCUACUACCCGUCCUUUCAUCACAUCCACAACCCGGCCCAGCUGGAGAAGUUCCAGAAGGACCUCGAGCGCUACCUCAGCAGAAAGAUCGGCUUCGAGGCGGUCAUGAGGAUACGCUGCACCAAAGGAUUGUCCAUCCAUACGUUCCACGGCAACUUCUUCGUGCGCUCCACGGACCUGCUGUCCCUGGCUAAUGUGAACCCGGACUCUGCCUUCGCUGUCCAGAUGUCCAUCGAAGACUCCCUGGCGGACUCGUCUCUGGCCUGCUUCCAGGCCGCCCUGCUCUACACGUCCAGUAAAGGGAAAAGGCGAAUCAGGGUCCACACUCUGUGUCUGCCGGUGGUGAGUCAGCUGAGCGACGUGUACGCCGGAGCCGACGUCCAGGCCGUCACGUGCCUCCUCGCCAACAUGGCCAUCGACCGGUCCGUGUCGUCCAGCCUGUCGGACGCCCGCGACGCCGUGGUGAACGCCGUGGUGGACUUCAUGAGCGCCUACAGGAGCAGCGUGUCCAACCUGCAGCAGUCCGGACUCGUCGUCCCCGCGGUCAUGCGUCUCUUCCCCCUCUACGUCCUCGCGCUCCUCAAACAGAAAGCUCUUCGGACCGGCACGAGCACGCGGCUGGACGAGCGCGUCUUCGCCAUGUGUGAGUUUAAGACGCAGCCGCUGCCGCAGCUGAUGAGGAUGGUCCAUCCGGACCUCUACAGGCUGGACAACAUGUCUGACCAGGGGGCGCUCCACCUGAACGACACCGUCGUUCCUCAGCCUCACCUGCUGCACCUUUCGGCCGACCGGCUGAGCAGAGACGGAGCCUUCCUCCUGGACUGCGGCGACGUGUUUUAUCUGUGGGUCGGAAAAUGCUGCGGUGAAACGUUCAUCCGAGACGUCCUGGGCUGUCCGAGCUACGCUGCAGUUCCCCCCAACAUGAGUCACGUUCCUGAGCUGCAGACUCCUCUGUCUGAGAGAGUCCGAGCGUUCCUCGACUGGCUGCAAGACAACCGAGCCUUCAGCUGCGCGGUCCACGUCGUCAAAGACGAUUCGGCGAAAGCCACCUUUUUCCAGCACCUGGUGGAGGACCGGACGGAGUCUGCAUCGUCCUACCAGGAGUUCCUGCAGCACCUUCACCAGCAGAUGUCCAAGUAGGCUCCCGUUCUGCUGACUGAAGGUUUGGACUAAUUCCUGAAGGCAGAGUUUGGACUCGUAGAGUGAAGGCUAGCGUUGCUCGCCCUUCAGGCGGCCUCAUAAAAUCAGACGAUCAUGGAGGCUUCGGGACGAAGAUCUAAACGAACCACUAAAUGAAACAAGGAUUUGUUCCAGAAAAAACAACGGUCGUCGAACCCGUUCAGCCUCGUCUGACCCGUCGCUCAGAGAGCAGAAUGUCGAGCCAAGAAGAUUCCACUUCCUGUUUGUUUGUUUUUGUUUACCUCACAUGUAGCUGAAAGUUAAAAUUCACCCGUCUGUUUUAUUUAGUCUUUUUUUUAAAAACACUGGAGAACAAGAACUAAAGUUCGGCAUGCGGAUAAAACAACGCGCAUGCCUGGAUUUUAGUUUGGGAUCACGAUUCAGUCGGAUGUUUGUUUGUUUGUUUUUUAUUAAACCUUCGCCUCAGCUCCGUCUCCUCCGAUCCGCUGAGCGAAGUUCUGAUCGGUCGAGCUGGAACUCCGGACCUCCACCCCUCGGCAGUCGUCGUCUUGUUUACUUUUCCAGGCGCCGAGUAAAAAGUCCACUUUGUAACUACUGAGAAGUAUCUUUUAUGUGCGAUAAUUUAUGA